UUCCGAAAAAGAUAAACAAGAAGAAAAAAUCUCAUCUUUUUUGAACUCAGAUUUAAUCAGGGACGUUGAUUCUUUGGUUCAGUUGAUUGAAGAAACAUGCAAAAUACCUGAUUCCCUCCUUUUAGAAGGUAACAAAUUGCUGUACGAGGUAAUUGGAUUAUUGGGUAAUGAUUAUUUAUCGACCGUUAAUGAACUUUUAUUAAGACUCAGUGAGUUUAAGGAAAGACUGAGUUGUCUGAGUUUUGGUGAAUCGGUCGAGUUGGGUUGUAUUUUGAAGAGAUUAGAAGAAUGUAAAGAGAGAUUAUGUGUUAUUCUUACAGUGAAAAAACCUUCAACUGAAUCAUUAUGGAGUUUGGUUAAUGAUUUAAGUGAGAAAAUUGAGAAUUUGAAGGUUGGAAAAGAAGGUCCAAAGUUGCUAACGUAUGGAAAAGCAAGUGAGUCGGCUCGGUUCGGUAACCGAGUUAUGAAAUUUGGUGACUCGGUCCGGUUUUCUUCAGGAAGGUAUGAAAUGACUAAUCUUUCUCUUAUGAUUGUGCAAGGAAAGAAAUUGGGAAAAGUUCAAUAA